ACGGUGAGGCAGAAUCAAAACAACUUCUUCGAAGGAAUAUUGAUUUAAAACUAAAGAACAGAAGAAAGCUCACACAAGAAUUUCAUAUAGGGGAAUAUUGAAUAAAUUUAAUAUACAACUAUGAGAUCGGCGCAAUCAUCGUACAGGGAUCGAACCAAUGAGUUUAACAAUGUAGCUGUGAAUUUGAGGAAAUUUGUCUCGUCACCGGCAUCGAGCAGCAGCGCAGUCGAUCGUGGAGGAGAGGCCAAGGCGGAGCUAAGUCAGCCGGCUGUACCGUUUCAGUCGGAGUUCAAUAGAAAAGCUUCGAAGGUUGGGCUAGGGAUUCAUCAGACCUCGCAGAAGCUCUCUAGGCUCGCAAAAUUGGGAAAGAGAACAUCAGUUUUUGAUGAUCCCACAUUGGAGAUUCAAGAGUUGACAGCUGUGAUCAAGCAGGACAUUACUGCACUUAAUUCCGCUGUAGUAGAUUUGCAGCUCCUGUGCAACUCCCAAAGUGAACAUGGAAACAUGUCUACAGACACUACAACCCAUUCAUCCACUGUUGUUGACAACCUGAAAAGUCGAUUGAUGAGCACAACAAAAGAGUUCAAAGAAGUCCUCACCACACGGACUGAGAACUUGAAGGUUCAUGAGAACAGAAGGCAGCUAUUUUCUUCAACUGCAGCAAAAGACUCUGCUAAUCCUUUCAUUCGGCAGCGUCCUGUAGCUACCAGAGCAGCUGCUGCUAGUAGUUCUGCAUCUGUAUCUCCCCCUCCAUGGGUUAAUAAUUCUGCUUCCUCUUACCAGUUAGCUCGUAGUGAUAAGCUAGACGGGGAAUCCCAGCCAUUGCUGCAACAGCAACAAAGUGAACAACAACAGCAACAGUUUGUUCCUUUACAAGACAGUUACAUGCAAGGCAGGAGUCAGGCCCUUCAUAGUGUUGAGUCAACAAUUCAUGAGCUGAGUAGCAUUUUCACACAAUUGGCAACCAUGGUUUCUCACCAAGGAGAAUUGGCAAUUAGGAUUGAUGAAAACAUGGAGGACACACUGUCAAAUGUGGAAGGGGCACAAGGGCAAUUAGUCAGGUACUUUAACAAUAUAUCUUCAAACAGGUGGCUGAUGAUCAAGAUAUUCCUGGUAUUGAUUGUUUUCCUCAUGAUUUUCCUAUUCUUUGUAGCCUAAAUCUUUCUAUAAAUCUCAAUUAAAAAGAACCGUUAUUUUUUCUUUUCCAUUUCCUUUUUCUUCCAAGCAAUCUGUAAUUAAAUGUACACAGAACCCAAAAAAGCUGUUUGCAAAAGAAAAAACACAACAGCUCUGACUUGUUUUUUUGUCAUUGAUUCCUUCUCUCUAUACUGGAUACUGUAGAGUAAUAGCCCAUUUGUUGUAAUGGAAUCCAGGGAUUCUUUGUUGAUCAAUUUCCACAACCGAGAAAUUAAGGUACAGUAUUUGAUAAAUAUGAAAAUUUGAACUCUGGAAUUUGUUUUAGAGUCUGUCCAUGCUUCUACCAGGGAUGGUGUUAAGAGAAUAAGUCCGUGACAUUGUGACAAUGGGCAUGGGCUGGUUCUGGUUUUAGACCAGCUGGUUCCUGUCUCAAGAAAGGGUGAACCAUAAGUGUAAUCUAUAACACUAAUUCAGCUCUUGGUCGGGUUCUGGUUGGGUUCCUACCUGAAUUAUAGUAAUCAAUAAUGUAGUCUAAUUAAAAACAGAACAGUAUGUAUCUGUUUGGUCCUAUUUCGAAGGAAACUGAAACAGUUCUGGAAAUUCUCGGUUACCCGCAUCCAUUCUGGAUGGGAUAAUCCGCUCAAUUACUGGUUCAAAUACUGUUCUGCCUUGGUCCAGAAUUGGGACUGUGUCCAUGCCUAUAUCCCCACAUUAUGACAAGAAUAAACAGGAAUAAAAAUAAGAUGUAUGCUCUGGACCCAGUGGAUGCGGGGAUUAAUUAAAUGGACUUGUAAUGAUACAUCAACAGCCAGAUUCGUCAAUUUUAUUCAACUUAGAGUCAUUAAACUGUGUGCCGACUCUUUAAGACUUAACUCCCAGUUCAUUGUCUUCAAUGUAUGUCGAUGAGAAGGAAAAAGCUUGGUGUCUCCAUCCUUUAUAUACGCUUUGUUCAUUUCGCAUGUACUAUGGACAUGUAGUAUGAAGUUCCCUACAUUGUGCAUUUUUAAACGAAUUCCCUGUGAUAUCGACUAAAAGUAGGGGGUACCAAAAGACGCAU